AGCUAUUUUCUUGUCUGAACUCUGAAAGUCCUUGAAACAAGAACUUGGCGUUCAGUUCAAACUUGAUUCUCAACGCAACAAGUCGCUUUUAGUACUUCCCGUUUUUUUAAUCAAAAUGUCAGUUCGUCUAGGAUACUGGAAUAUUCGAGCGUACGCCCAGCCGAUUCGUCUCUUGUUGGCCUAUACCGGAACGGAAGUAGAAGAGAAACGCUACAAUUUCAUAGGAGCAGAAUGGGAUCGCAGCGAAUGGCUGAACGAGAAAUUUUCCCAUGGUCUUGAUUUCCCAAAUCUUCCUUACUACAUCGACGGGGAUGUCAAAUUGUCUCAAACGUUCGCUAUUUUGAAAUAUCUGGGACGAAAGCACGGCCUGAUCGCUAAAAACGAAGCUGAACAAAUUCGCGUUGAUUUAAUCGAAGCCGAGGCACUUGACAUGCGCUCACGAUGGGUCGCACUUUGUUACGGACCUAAUUUCGAAACCAACAAACCGGAAUAUCUAAAAAAUUUGGCUCUAAAGUUGAAAGAAUUGUCCGACUAUUUGGGAAGUCACAAUUAUUUCAGCAGUGAUAACAUCACGUACAUAGACUUUCUGAUGUACGAAUUGUUGGACCAAAACAGUCAUUUGGAGUCUACAGUUUUGGAUGAGUUCCCUAAUUUAAAAGCUUUUCACGCUCGAAUCCAAGGAUUGGAACAGAUCGCGGCUUACAUGAAAUCGGAUAAGUUUCUAGCCCGUCCACUCAACGGCCCCAUGGCAUCAUUUGUUGGCAAUUAAUUACAAUCACCCAAUUGAUGCUGAUACUUUCACACCAUCCAUUAUAGGUUUUCCACCACAACGCUAAAAUUUGUUUGGUCACAAUAAAAUUAACUAACAGGUGAAA